AUGGCAGCCGACAUCAGCCGCACGCCGCCGCGCGAGGACGUCGACUCUGACAAGUCGGCGACGCACGACAUCAAGACAGCGCGCAACACCCACGGCCAAGAUUUCGAGCUUGAGAAUGGGCAUCUCACGGAGCUGGAGGUCGACAUGGGUCGGGUCCUCGAAGAUGAGCGCGAGGGAGACUACGAAGCCGACACCUCGCCCUUCCCGCAGGUGAGGGCGGUCGUGCCGGAAACUGACGAUACUGCGCUUCCGGUCAACACGUUCCGAGCCUGGUUUCUUGGUAUUAUCUUCGUCUUCCUGGGUGCAGGUGUCAAUCAGUUCUUCUCGCUGCGCUACCCGGGAGUCCACAUUGUGGCUCUCGUCGCGGAACUGCUUGCGUUCCCGAUCGGCGUCGCGAUGGCCAAGAUCUUACCCAUCAGCCGGUUCAACCCCGAUCGUCACUUCAACAUCAAGGAGCACGCCCUCGUGACCAUCAUGUCGAAUGUGUCCUUCGGUUUCGGUUCCGCCGACGCGACGAACCUGAUCCAGGCCGCAAGGCUGUACGGUUUCACCGUCCCGCCCGGCAUGUCAGUUCUGGUGGUGCUUUGCUGUCAGCUCAGCGGAUACGCCGUCGCCGGGCUUGCCAUCCCCUGGCUCGUCAGGCCCGCGAGCAUGAUCUGGCCCGGCGUGCUCAGCAACAUCGCCCUGCUCAGCACUCUCCACUCGAGAGCCAACGCGGUUGCCGAUGGCUGGCGCAUCACUCGUAUCAAGUUCUUCAUGGUUGUCGGCGGGUGCUCUUUCGUUUGGUACUGGUUCCCAGGCCUCAUCUGGACGGGGCUGAGCUACUUCACCUGGAUCUGCUGGAUCGCGCCCAACAACCUCGUAGUAAACCAGUUAUUUGGUAUGGUAUCGGGACUUGGUCUCUUCCCUCUGACCUUCGACUGGUCAAUGAUCGCGUACAACUCGAACCCCCUCUUGAGCCCUCACUGGGCUGCUCUGAACGUCUUUGCCGGCUUCGCCGUGUUUUUCUGGAUCGUCACGCCGGCCAUUUACUACACCAACACCUGGUUCACGUCCUACAUGCCCUUCUGCACAGCGGAUGUCUACGACCGCUUCGGCACUGCGUACAACGUGACCAAGAUCCUGACCAACAACGAGUUCGACCAGCAGAAAUACGCCGCGUACUCGCCUCCGUACCUGCCUGCGACAUUCGCGUUCGUGUACGGAUUGUCCUUUGCGUCCAUCACUAGUGUCCUGUCGCACGUCUACUUCUUCCACUUCGAUGAGAUUAAGCGCGCCAUGAGGGGUACGCUCAAGCUCGAUAUCCAUGCCCGACUGAUGAAGUCCUACAAGUCGGUCAAAUGGUGGUGGUGGGCCGUCAUCCUCCUCGUUGUGUUCGGCAUGAGCGUCGGCACCGCGGAGGGCUACGACACCGCAUUGCCAUGGUGGGGAGUUAUCCUCGCCUUCAUCAUUCCAGCCUUGUACAUGAUCCCUUGCGGCAUGAUCCAAGGUGUCACCAACGUCAAUGCUAAUCAGCUGAACGUCCUCUCUGAGUUCAUUGGAGGUUACAUGUUUCAGGGCAAACCAGUUGCCAACAUGCUAUUCAAAAUCUUGUCUACAGACGUCGUCGGCCAGGGUCUGUACUUCGCAGCGGACAUGAAGCUCGGGCACUACUUGAAGAUUCCGCCCACGACUCUCUUCUUCGCACAAGGCCUAGCUACGAUCCUUGGCGCACUAACGCAGACCGGUGUCACGCUGUGGAUGUUAGGUAACAUCAGCAACAUUUGUACAACGGACCAGCCCAACGGUUUCUCUUGCCCCAACGGCCGCACCGUGUUCUCCUCCUCGGUCAUCUGGGGUCUCGUUGGCCCUGCGCGUCUGUAUUCCGUCGGUGGCAUCUACUCCGGCCUGCUGCAUUUCUUCUGGAUCGGCCUCAUCCUGCCGCCCAUCACGUACCUCAUCUACAAGAGGACAGGCUCGGAGCUCAUCCGCAAGAUCAACUGGCCGCUCAUCUUCGUCGGAACGUACAACGUACCCCCUGCCACAGGUAUCAACUACUCCUCUUGGUACAUUGUGAACUUGGUCUUCAACAAAAUCAUCUACCGCAAGUUCUAUGCCUGGUGGAGCAAGUACAACUACGUUCUGGCUGCGGCAUUGGACACCGGCCUCGCAAUCAGCGGUAUCGUCAUCUUCUUCGCGGUUACUUAUGGCCCGAACGUGCAGUUCCCCAACUGGUGGGGCAACACCGUCUGGCAGAACACCGCGGACGGCCAGGGUUUGCCUUGGUUGCAGAUGCCGUCGGUCGGCUAUUUUGGGCCUGCGAAUGGCACUUGGUCAUGA